AAGCGAGCCUGGGCGGAGCCUCCGCCGGCAGCGCCCUCAGGGCUCCCGCGACGCCGGGCGGCCGCGGCUGGAGGGAGGUCGCGCAGUGCGGACGAGCUGCCAGCCUGGGUCAGUCAGUCAGGCCGUGCUCGCCACUGGCUCGCAGCGCUCAGCCCCUCGGCUCCGGGAGCUCUGGCGAGAGUCUGCGCGAUGGGCGACCCGGAAAGGCCGGAAGCGGCCGGGCCGGAGGAGGAUGAGCAGUUGUCUUCGGAUACGAAGGAAAAAGCUGCGGUGGUGAGUGAGGAAGAGCCGCUCCUGAGAAAGAGUUCCCGCCGCUUCGUCAUCUUCCCAAUCCAGUACCCCGACAUCUGGAAGAUGUAUAAACAAGCCCAGGCGUCCUUCUGGACCGCAGAAGAGGUUGACUUAUCCAAGGACCUCCCUCACUGGAACAAGCUUAAAUCAGAUGAGAAGUAUUUUAUCUCCCACGUGUUAGCCUUCUUCGCAGCCAGUGAUGGCAUUGUCAAUGAAAACUUGGUGGAGCGUUUCAGUCAGGAGGUACAGGUCCCAGAGGCUCGAUGUUUCUAUGGCUUCCAAAUUCUCAUCGAAAACGUUCACUCGGAGAUGUACAGUUUACUAAUAGAUACUUAUAUCAGAGAUCCAAAGAAAAGGGAAUUUUUGUUCAACGCAAUCGAAACAAUGCCAUACGUUAAGAAAAAAGCCGACUGGGCUCUGCGCUGGAUAGCAGACAGACAGUCUACUUUUGGGGAAAGAGUGGUAGCCUUCGCUGCCGUAGAAGGCGUCUUCUUCUCGGGGUCGUUUGCCGCUAUAUUCUGGCUGAAGAAGAGAGGCCUCAUGCCAGGACUCACUUUCUCAAACGAGCUCAUCAGCAGGGACGAGGGACUUCACUGUGACUUUGCUUGCCUGAUCUUUCAGUACUUGGUCAACAAGCCCUCGGAAGAAAGGGUCAGGGAGAUCAUUACUGACGCCGUUAAGAUCGAGCAGGAGUUUUUAACAGAAGCCUUGCCAGUUGGCCUCAUUGGAAUGAACUGUGUUUUGAUGAAACAGUAUAUUGAGUUUGUAGCUGACAGACUGCUUGUAGAACUUGGAUUCUCAAAGGUUUUUCAUGCAGAAAAUCCCUUUGAUUUUAUGGAAAACAUUUCAUUAGAAGGGAAAACAAAUUUCUUUGAGAAACGAGUUUCUGAGUAUCAGCGUUUUGCAGUCAUGGCGGAAACCACAGAUAAUGUCUUCACCUUGGAUGCAGAUUUUUAGAGCCCUCAUUUAGAAAAAUACCAUAGAAGCCGGGUAUGUUGGCACACGCCUUUAGUCCCAGCACUCAAGGGAAGCCAAGGCAGGUGGAGUUUGAAGACUGUCAGGGCUACAUAUAGAGAUCUGUCUCAAAACCAAAAUAGCAACAGCAAAAGGAAACUAACAAACAAAACCACAUAGAAACCUGUUGUUGGUAAAUAGCAAUUUAUUUUUCUGUCCUUUUGAUACUUUGAGUAUCUCAUUUAAGGGCAUGAGAGGUUGAAUAGAAAGAAGUCUAAAACUAAAUUCUAAACAACUGAAUUAUCUAAAUGCACUUCAGUUUAUUUAUACAAUGAGAAUGUGACCUAAAUGCCCUUUACUUCUUUGUGUGACCAAUGGCAGAUCAGUUAAUCACUGUAAACUUCAGGGCACUUAUCUGUAAAAUUUCUAUAAUCGGAGGUCCCAGAAGGGUAAGUACACAGAAGUGAGUUUUACCUCCAGUACCUUGACUACUAAGGAAUAUUAAUGAUAAGAUUAAUUGCAGUGGCAUUGUGAUGCAGUAUACUCCUCUCCAAAUUAAUUGUGAUUCUAGGUUAGAUGGAGAUUUGGAAUUCAUUAGAUUUUUGUGUUUUUAAUGCUUGCAGGAAGAAUAUAAGAAUAUGAAACCCUUAGAGAGGUCACGAUUCUCAUCAACCUCUUUGGAUUUCUCAAUCUGCAAUAAGAAUGUAGCUUGUAAUUGCUUAGGGUGGAAUAGUAGAGCCCAGAAGUUACCACGGCUGUGGACCUUUGUAAGCAAAGGGAUUCUUCUUCAGGAAUUAAAAAGAUAACCGUUGCCAGGUGCAGCCCUGGAAUGUUCAGAACCAGGACAGAUGUGCAGUUCCCAAAGCCUUGUAGGCUGUCCAGAGUGUUUGUGAUAGAAGAAGAGAUUUGGUGGUCAGCGGGUUUGGGAAAUGCUGCACACUCCUUCCCUUCUGAGAGCGCACUUCCUCAGCACAGAGCUGGGGAGGUGCUCACCUGGCUGCCCACAGGUACUCAAAGAGCCUGGGGACACUCGCACAGCCAGGGAGGGCCCUGGUCACUUAUACAGGCUGAAGAGGGAAGCAGCAGGGAGUAUUGAGCCGUUUCAGAUUUAUGCCAAUCUGAGAAAGCUAUGUAAGGUUGACUUCAUGAGUGUCUUUAUACUUUUUAAAAUCUCUUUACAAUGUUACAAAGGAAUGUUCUUUUAGGGAAGCUGCGUGUGCUGCAGAGUAGACGAUGAGGGAGAUGGAAGUCUGUAGGAAAGACGGGGAAAAGUCUAGGAGCCAGGGCACCUGGGCGGCGUGCACCUCCUCGUUUUCAGAGAGCAUCGAGAGGAAGCCUGAGCCCCGCCAAACCCUGGUUCCCACUCAGUGAGGGCCGAGUCCAGAUCCCUAGCCCCCACAUGGAAACCAUAGCAGCACACACUCAUACAUGCACACUCAAACGCCACACACGAAGUACAAAUAAAAGUCUGGAAGCCGAAA